UGAGACCCCGCCGCAGGCUCCCCCGGAUUGAGACCCAGCCAUGACCUGGAGCGUCUCGGCGCGGGGCGCGCACCAGCCCGACAACACGGCCUUCACGCAGCAGCGCCUCCCGGCCUGGCAGCCGCUGCUCUCGGCCGGCAUCACGCUGCCGCUCUUCUUCUGCGCCGGCCUGGCUUUCAUCGGCCUGGGCCUGGGCCUCUUCUACUCCUCCAACGGCAUCAAGGAGCUGGAGUACGACUACACCGGCAACCCCGGCACCACCGGCAACUGCUCGCUGUGCGCCGCCGAGGGCCAGGGCCGCGCGCCGCCGCCCAACUGCUCGUGCGCCUGGUACUUCUCGCUGCCCGAGCUCUUCCCGGGCCCCGUCUACCUCUACUACGAGCUGUCCAACUUCUACCAGAACAACCGGCGCUACGGCGUGUCCCGCGACGACGCGCAGCUCAGCGGCCUGGCCAGCGCGCUGCGCCACCCGGCCAACGAGUGCGCCCCCUACCAGUUCAGCGCCACCGGGCUGCCCAUCGCGCCCUGCGGCGCCAUCGCCAACAGCCUCUUCAACGACUCCUUCUCGCUGUGGCACCAGCGCCAGCCCGGGGGACCCUACGUCGAGGUGCCCCUCGACCGCACCGCCAUCGCCUGGUGGACCGACUACCACGUCAAGUUCCGCAACCCGCCGCUGGUGAACGGCAGCCUGGCGCUGGCCUUCCGCGGCACGGCGCCACCGCCCAACUGGCACCGGCCGGUUUACGAGCUGAGUCCCGAUCCCAACAACACCGGCUUCAUCAACCAGGACUUCGUGGUGUGGAUGCGCACGGCGGCGCUGCCCACCUUCCGCAAGCUGUAUGCGCGCAUCCGUCAGGGCAACUACUCGGCCGGCCUGCCCCGGGGUGCCUACCGUGUCAACAUCACCUACAACUACCCGGUGCGCGCCUUCGGCGGCCACAAGCUCAUCAUCUUUAGCAACAUCUCGUGGAUGGGUGGGAAGAACCCUUUCCUGGGCAUCGCUUACCUGGUUGUCGGCUCCCUCUGCAUCCUCAUGGGCUUUGUCAUGCUGGUCGUCUACAUUCGCUACCAGGACCAGGACGACGACGACAAUGAUGAUGAGUGAUGCUGCUUCCCAGAGACCCUUUCCGGCUUCUCGGCCAAGCCGCUUUUAGCGGUGGCCCUUUGCUCCUUAACACAACUUUAAGCUCACUGAUCUCUUGUGUUCGAAGGGCCUAGAGAAAGGAAUCACCUGCCUCCUCUUAAGAGAUACGACACAGUUCUCAGGUUUUGGACUGUAAAAUGCCAGAUCUUGCGGCGAUUUCUCCCCAUCUCCUCUAUGGCUUACGGAGUUGACAUGUCAGGUCUUGAAAGUCGAUAGCAUUCCAGAGUGAAGGACCGGGGGAGAUUCCUGGACUGGAACUCAUUAAGACCAGCAGACAGAGGUUGGAUCCCGAUUCUGAGUCUAAGCUUCGGUUCCUUCAGUAACACGGUUUUCUGAGAGGGAGGUAUAGGUGGGGGGGAGGAAGGGUUGAGAUGGAGAGUGGUGCCCACUGAUGACCUACAGAAGCUUGGAGGAGUGGGGAAAGCGUAUUUGGUAAAAUUUAAGUCGAUGAAGAGGCACUGAGCCUCUCAGGUUCUGACCCAAGAAGGCCAAGACCGACAACCUUCACUGAAGAGUCCCUGUACCCUUGAAUUUGGGAUUCUUGAGCCAGGCUGGGUCUGGAGCACUCACCUGAUUUUAAUUUUUGUUGU